AUUAGCCAUUAGGUCUUACGUUUUAAUCUCUUACAGCGCUCAUCAAUGGCGGACGUCCGCGGCGAAGUCCAGGUCAUAACCUUCGGAGGCAAGGACUCAUCGCUUGCCUCCUCCUCCGUACACGCCAUCGCCACCGGCCAAGCACGCCUCCGCAUCGACUCGUUGGCUCUAGGUAGGCUAGCUACUCAAUUCCCUCCACCUCAAUCUGUGAAAAGAUGCCGAAUCCCCAUCUCGAAAACCCUAAGCCUGAUCGAAUCCCGCGCCUCACUUGUCGUUCUGGCCAACAAGCUCCUCCGCCAUCCCAGUCCUUUGAAUAUCCGCCCCGUUCUCCCUAAUCAGAUUGUCGAUGCCCUAAAUUUGGAUUCCGGCCGCGCUGUGAAUCUCGAAGUUGAAGUGACAGAAGAGGAAGGAUUGUUCGUCGAGAACUCCUGUGCCGAUCUGUGCGGCGUUUCCGCCCUUAUCGACCACGAAGCAGCUCUUCUGGCGACUACAGUGGAUGCUGUGGCUGCAUUGUCGUGCGAGGCGCUGAAAGGAAACGACACGGCGUUCAAUUCCACGGAUGCGGGAGAUGGACUCGUGGACGAGGAUGAGGUAGGUGUCGCUAGUGCUAUGAAGGUUUUGCUCAGUGGAUCAAAGAUGGUGGGAAAGAUUCCUAUUGAGGCAAUUUCGGAUAUUCCUGAAGUUCAUGGAGAAUUGAGGCAGUUUGUGAAGUCAGUACAUUCGAUGACGAGGGUCAGACUGAAUUCCGCCGUGAAACCCGUGCACGGUGGAGAGAUGAAAGAGAGGAAGGCGGUGGCGUCAAAGCUGGGACCUGUGUUCGCGCUAAGGAAUGUUGGGGCUAGUAGUUUAAGCAGGGCGAAGCUGAAUGUUGAAGCUCUAGGGAUUGAAAGUUGCAGAACUGGUUUGCUUACACUGUUUGAGGAGAAAUGCCCUACUGAAUCUGAUUUGAAGAAUGCUGCUAAGUUGGUUUCUGAUUUGCUCUUCGAAGAGGAUUAUCUGGCAUUCGCUCACGCUUUGAAUUGUUUGUUGGAGACUGUGUGGAAUAUCGUAUCGUGGGAGCUUGUGACAGCUUUUGUUGUUCUAGAGGGUGCGAAUGUAACUGAAGUGAAUGCAUGGGAUAAGACGAAUGCGGCGAAGAAGAAGGAGAAAGCAGUGUUAGGGAAAGGAACUAGUGUGAUUGUGCAGCUGAUUGAGGAGUGGUUACAGAGGAAGGAAAGGGAAGGUGCGACUGUGCUGGAGAGGCUAGUGGAUGAUUUGCUGUCUCUUUUUAAACCCAGCCACCCUGAACUCGGCCAGUUAGUAAGCAAAGUGAAAGAGAUGGUGGAAAAGCUUCCUAAGCAAGAACAGGGUGCUUGUGAUUUGAUAGCGUACAAAAAUCAUCUGCCAAAAACUAUAUUCACAACACCAAAGAUGGUUGCUGCCAACUCUCAAGAUGUAAUUAGACUGGUGCGGGAGAUGGAUAAGAGACUAUUCGUGCCAAACAAGAAUGCUGCAGGGAGCGAGAAUCAGCCGCCAUGGGAAUUUAGUAUGGAGCCAUUGAAAAAUAUGGGGCUGCCGUAUCUCGCAGCAGAUUGGUUUAACAGUAAGGAAGAGCAGACCCAAUUUUAUGCUGAAAAGGCUCUAGAGUCCUACAAUCGAGACAAUCCGGAGGCUAAGCUGACAUUGGUGGAAGCUGUAAUGAGCUUUCGGGUGAUACCAUGUAUUCCCAUGCACGUACAUGUCAACUUGAGAGCCAAGGACAAAGAUGGCACUAUCCAUCUGGUUUUUGCAGAAUUAACUUUUGACGUUGACCCUAUCUUGGUCUCUUUCUGCAUCCUAGAACCAGGAGAUUCAGGCGAUUAUUCUCACAAUCGGAAAGGGUGUGGAGAGUGUGACCCUGAGAGUCCUAUCCCACUCUAUCACCCUCCUGACGACAGAUUUAAGCACGGGAAGGGGGUGACUUACCGUCGGCUGCCCCCAUUACCUCCGCCUAGUGAGAGUUUGGAAGAUAUUCCUGAAAAGUUUAGGAGCUUCUACUGCAAAAAGCGUAGACCGCCUACUUGUGCAAUGUCACGGUGAAACAACUGACUAAGGAACUCACUCGAUCGCCUUCCAAAAGAAGUGCCGCAACGAAACGACAGCUUCUCGCAAAAAGGGGGGAACGGUUAUGAGCAGUGCUUAUUAGACCUUUCUAAUGCUUAAUUAGUGCUCUUAGUUCUUGUGUGUAUAUUGUUGAAUUGCUUAUGCACGAUUUGUAAUUUGUGUUGGAUGUUGAAUUGUUGAUGACGGUAGAUGAAUGACUUGAGGGGAAAUGUGAUCUAGAACACGAACUUAAUCUUUGUCUGCUUGGAAUGAAGGGAACUACAGUCUAAAUGAUUUUCUGUGUGUUGGGGCUAUUAGGAAAGGGUCAUGUAAAAGUCUUUUUCCGGACUUCAGCCAAUAUAGCUCCUGCAUGGUUUCGUAGUGUACAUAUGAACAAUGCCAUUUGGAUCCUACACAGAUGAAAUUCGGAAUAGUGCAACCUG